CUCACGCCUUCUUGUUUACAGUCUGUCGGACUAAACAUGGCGGAUGACAAACUCACUCAUGACACUUAAAGCUUGAUAACUCGGGGGAAAAAUUAUUUUGCCCGGUUUCCUUUUCUGGAAAGGCAACCAUGCAGUGAGAGGUUUUCUUUUCUUCUUUACGCUUGUAUCGGGGUGGCUUUUUAUCGCGUGUUUCUGAAUGGUUAGCGUCUUAAGCUAACUCCUCCGUAGGAAACAAUGAGUGCUGGAGCUAACAGCAGUUGCCUGACUGCCAAAGGACUGGAUAUCAGUUUAGCUGCUCUGCAGAGACAGGACCCAUACAUCAAUAACAUCGUGGAUGUGGCUUGCCAAGUCGCUCUCUAUACUUAUAACAACAGGACACAUGAGUGGGAGAAGACUGAGGUGGAAGGCACACUUUUUAUCUACACAAGACUAGCGUCUCCCCGCCAUGGCUUCACGAUUAAGAACAGACUCAGCAUGGAGAACCUGACAGAGCCAAUCACCAAAGACUUGGACUUUCAACUCCAGGACCCCUUUCUGCUCUACCGCAACGCUCGGUUGGCUAUCCACGGGAUUUGGUUCUAUGAUAAGGAAGACUGUCACCGCAUUGCACAGAUGAUGAAGAUUCUGACGCAGCAGGAGCAGGCCGUGGCUCAGUCGCAGGGCGGUUGGUUGUCUCCAGACGGAGGUGGAGGAGGCAGGGGAGGCGACGCGAAGGCGGUCGACAUCAUCCAGAUGCUGACCAAAGCGCGCAGUGAAUACGACAAGGUAGGAAAACACCAGUGA